ACACAAUUGAUUUUCACUGUUAAAUUUCAUUCAUGGAGGGAAAAGGUUGUAAAAAUUCAUAACCCAACCAAAGGGAUAGGAGUGAAUAUGAGAGAAUGAUUAUGUCUAUUUAAUACUAUUAUUAUAUCAGUGCCAAGUUGAACUAACUGGGGAAACUGAGACAUGGAUAGAUAAAGUUGUCUUGUUGUUGGUAAUGCUAUCAAUUGUGUUUGGCGUUGGGAAUCUGUUGUCCUCUCCACCAGCCAGUACAUUUCCUACUGCACUAGAGACCCAUGGAAAUGUGCUAUCCUUGAAAUUAGACCAGGAGCUCAACAGCACCAUAAAAGCUUCUCGUGGUGCCUGGCUCUUUCCUGUAUUUGGUCUUCCCCUCCAAUAAGGGGUGGUAUGGCCAAAAUCACCAAACCGGAUCCAUGUUUGCCUUGCAAACCAAACAAACACUUCUGUUUCUGUUUUGCUUUGUGUCUGGACCGAUUCUUAGCGCCUCUUCUGCCUGUGAGUGAUUUGUCACUUCUGCAAGACUGGCACCAGCAGAAAUGCAGUCUCAGAGGACCCCUGGGAGAAAGCGAGGCCGACCCCCACUUCACUCAACGCCCGUGAAGAUGGCAGUUCAUAACCUUUAUUCUGCGUCAGCUGGCUCGUUACCGGCAGUGAAGAUCCCAAAGAAAAGAGGGCGGAAACCUGGGUACAAGCUCAAGUCUCCGGUUCUCCUGACUCCGUUGGCCCUCUCACCUCCGCGGAGUACGCCAGAGCCCGACCUCAGCUCCAUCCCUCAGGACGCAGCCACCAUCCCCAGCCUGGGAGUCCCUCAGGCGCUCACAGUCUGCCUCUACAUCAACAAGCAGGCCAACGCCGGGCCCUACCUGGAGAGGAGGAAGGUGCAGCAGCUCCCCGAGCACUUCGGGCCCGAGAGGCCGUCGGCGGUCCUGCAGCAGGCCGUGCAGGCGUGCAUCGACUGUGCCCACCAGCAGAAGCUGGUCUUCUCCCUGGUCAAGCAGGGCUAUGGUGGUGACAUGGUCUCGGUCUCGGCGUCCUUUGAUGGGAAACAGCACCUGCGGAGCCUGCCUGUGGUGAACAGCAUCGGGUAUGUCCUCCGCUUCCUCGCCAAGCUGUGCCGAAGCCUCCUGUGCGACGACCUCUUCAGCCACCAGCCCUUCCCCAGGCGCUCGAGUGCCUCAGAGGAUGCCCAGGAGAACCAGGAAGGCAGGAUGGAAACAGCCAAGACCUUCGCCACCGCAGAGUGCCGCCUGGCGACCGCUGCGGGCAUGAGCCGCUACAGCCUGGACCCCUCCGGCCCCGCCUUCAGCCACCGGGGCUCCGUGCCCCCCGCCUCCGCGCUGUACUGCAAGAGGCAGAACUCCGGAGAUGGCCCCCUCGGGGGCGGCCCCCUGUCCUCCGGAGGCCCCUCGGCACCCGGGCUGAGGCCCCCAGGCUGCAGCCCCAAGAGGAAUGGGACCUCUCUGGAAGGAAACAGAUGUGCCUCAAGCCCUUCUCCAGACGGGCAGGACGGCAGGCGGCCAAGGAGCAGGAACCCGUCCACCUGGACCGUGGAGGAUGUGGUCCGGUUCGUGAAAGACGCUGACCCGCAGGCUCUGGGGCCCCACGUGGAGCUCUUCAGAAAGCAUGAGAUUGACGGCAAUGCUCUCUUGCUGCUGAAGAGUGACAUGAUUAUGAAAUACUUGGGCCUGAAGCUGGGACCUGCGCUGAAACUCUGCUAUCAUAUUGACAAACUGAAGCAGGCCAAGUUUUGAAGGUUUUUAGAAGCUAGAAGCAAAAUCCAGCCAGCAGGUCUCAAGAUCAUCUCUGCCUUACCAACAUCCAGCCACCAUGGAAAAACAGAUUCCCUUCUUCAAAACAACAGGCACAAAGAUGGGGUCUUUUUACAAAACUCUUUGCCUUUUUAAAAAGUCAACCUGGCCCAU